GUUUUCCUUUGAGAUAAGCCACCGUGGAGAAAUCGGAAAGGUAUUUCAUCAGCCAGAUGAAGAACAUGAAAUUUUAAUGGUCAAGAAAGGAUUUGCGGGCAUGCUUUCAGCCAAACUUCAUCAUCGUCACGAAAUCGAGCAUGAAUCCUAUCUACACGACGGUUGGCGAUAUGAAACAAAUGAACAUGGACGAGAAGGCUUUCACAAUGCAACAUAUAUAGUUAACAAAACCACAUUUGGAUUUGAGUACGUGAAGACAAGAAACAAAACAAAUGUAAAAUCAGUUAAUGGUAAUAGUACAUAUGCAAAGAUGCUGCACUUCCACGACGACUUGAAUACAAUUCAUAGUGUCAUGAUUGAAGAAGAAUUUAACAUUGACUUUUCAACAAAGGCAGGAUUUAAUCCUUUUUAUGGAAUGCGACCGGUGGAAGCUACGACUGGCUUUUCAGAAAUGGGUUUUCCCUCGAUAAUCGCCAGCUCAAAGGACAGACUAAUAUUUUUGAAGAAAACACAGUUUACAGUCAAAUCAGUAAAACCACUUGAUCUCAAAUCCGGACGUAUUCAUCACACCAAUAAGCUGACAAAAAGGAGUGACUUAAAGACAAAAAGUGACAUUCAGGAUACAUCGUCUUACAUUGCUGGAAACCUGUCUUGCAUUCGUCACCAACCAGAGAAAGGUUCCCCUGAGGUCGGAACUUGUUUUCAUAAUUUGGUUUUGACACUUGGAAGGAUGGAUGAGUCAGAUGUUGAAGACAUCACAGAUGAGUACUUUCUGUCAGUGAAACGAACGAACAGAGGCGACAAAAAUACAAUAGCUGACGCCUUAGUAGCGAUCAACUAUCAAAGGAUGAUAGUCGAUAAAGUAUUAAAUAAUCUGCGUAUAGAUGAGGAACUCUUAAUGAGUGUGCUUACAUCACUCACGACUAUUGACAAAGAACCAACACUGGAGCUUCUGACGACAGUAGAAAAGUUUUGCUUCAAAGGAAGACGUUCAGAAAAAGUACUACUUUCUCGAGAUAUCAGAUAUGUGUCUUGUUUAACAUUCGGGGGACUAGUUGGAAGUGUGAGGAAGUACGGUCAAUCUGAAUACGCCGAACAGCUCGUGCAAUAUCUCCAUGAUGAGCUAGGACUACAUGACCCAUGGUUAUUUGAGAUGAAAAGAUCAGUUAUGACAGAGGUUGAAUGUGUAGAGCAUGAUCACAACAAAGUUGUACUCCUUGAUGCCAUCGGCAAUGCAGGCUUACCUGUGUCGUAUGAGCAUAUAUUGUCACACAUCAAUUCAACAAACUCACAAUGGAUCAAACGUACAGGAAUUCACGCACUUAGAAAAUUCCACGACUUUAAGACGUUGGAGCAACUUGAAAGAGUGGCUUUGUAUGAUGAUGAUGAUACUGUUCGGUAUGAAGCACUCCUCCAAUAUCAAGCUCAUCCAUUAGCAGACGUAGACAGCACUGGCGAUGGAACAGGACUUGCCCGCGCAGGAAUUUCGAAAAGAUCAAUACUUGACGCGGAGCUUGCAUUUAGACUUGAAGCCCCAGGGGUUGACUGGCGCAAACAGAUUGGCUCAAGUUCUAUUGGUGCAUCGUUUGGCUUGAUAAUGGAAAAUCUCCUUGAUCUGAAAAUGUCACUGAUAAAAGGGAGUGUAGAUGUGAGAGUUCAUGAUGAAGCUUAUGUAAAGAUCCAUUUGGGAUUUAUCGGCAAGAACAUUGACUUCUUUCUAGCAAGAAUAUGUUUCAAAGGCGGAGCGAAGUAUGCACUUAAUAUAUUAAAGGAGCUUGAUCCAAAACUGGGUUUUGACCUCAUAAAACAGUUCACCAGCAUAGUAAACAAUGUCGUUGGUGCUGUGAAGAAAGGUGUGGAAGCAUUCAAGAAAAUUAUAUCUACCGACUUCUCUCUUAAGGAUAUUGUUGACAAUUUUGUCAAGUCCGUCGCCGAAAUGCCAGAUAAGAUAUCAAAUCUUGCCGGCAAUAUAUAUCGGGUCAUGAAAAAGCUUGCUGUUUUCAAGCUGGACAGUCUUCCAUCGUUCAUAAAACCUGUGAUGAAAUUUAUCAAUGCUGUCGUUCGUCUUUAUGAAAAAGUCAAAGCAGAUAUAAUGACAUUUUACAAUUCAAUAGUGCAAGCCGUUAAAGUUGUGAUUCCAAAAGCUGCGAAGGAUGUGUUUGAUGCGGUGCAAGACAUAAUUGACGGAUUCAUGAAUAUUUUUAAAGACUACAAAACAUCCCUUUUUAGGAUUGGUGCCGGUGUAAUAAGAAUAUACACAAACAUCAAUAUCCUGAAAGACACGAAAAACGAAAUAAUGAAUCAUACAUUCAUAAAUGAAGGAGAAAAACCUUACUGGAUUGAUCUUACUGAAGACGUAGAGACCAUAGCCAAACUUUACCAUGACGCUGUAAAAGCAAUUAAAGAAAAAGGACCAGGCUGGCUCAAUGAAAAAGUCGAAAACGACAUAGCAGAAAAAGUUACAAAGGGCAAAACAACUCUGAAAAUCAUAAAACAGAAAAUUCAAGCUGAACUUAAAAGUGAGAUCAAAUCCUUGAUGGCACCCUUAGAUUCAUUGCGAAACAUGGGCGGAGGAUUUUUGAAACACUUCGAAGAUUUGUUCGAUACCUACAAGGAUCUUAAAGAAGCAUAUGUGUCUUUGAAAGAAGGAUACGAAUUUGCAAGAUCAUUGGUUGAUCGUAUAUUUGGACCAAAGUUUCACAAAGAUUUUCCUCGAGAAAAACGUGUAAGUGGCGGUGGAUGCAGCGGGGAGGGAUUUUAUCCAUCUAAACUCGGUAAUGGAAAUAAUGAGUACCAAAACGAUGGAAUAGAUCUUUUGAAUAGAACUGGUGAACAGCUUGUUGCUCCUUUUUCUGGGACAGUUAUUCGUUCAGAGAACGAAAAUGAAAUAAUCCUUUUGGAGAGUGGAGAACUUCCUCCAGGGUCCGAAUUGAUAAUAAGAAACAUUGAACCUGAAGAAGAUAUCAUGCACCCGCAUGAUCCUUCUUACGAUGAAAAGAAGGUAUCUGCUGGUGUAGUCAUUGGAACCGUCACGAAAUCUCCAUGUGGCGAUUACAAUCAUAUCCAUCUGUCUAUAAGGAGAGAAGGGGGUUUUGUCGAUCCAAGCAACUAUGUGUCACAAAGACCAGUGGAAUUACCCAAAUGGACUCAACUUUGUGAUGACUAUAAAGUUGUGUAUAAGGGUGAAACAAUUGUAAGUGGAGUAAUAGUCGGUCCAAAUGGCAGAGAGGAAAAUGAUACAUCGAAAGAGGUUCCAGAAGAUGAGUCCCUUGCUACAGAUGAUAUGGACGUGGCUGAUCAGCCAGGACAAGAUGUCGAAGAAAUUAAAGAUGACCCUGAUGGUAUUUACAGCAAACUGACGAAAAGAAGACGAAAACGAAAUGCACUUAAAACAGUUGUGGCCUCACUGGAAACUCUCAUCAACAACAUCAAGGGGUUUCUGAAACGGUUUUCUAUUCGCCGAAUUAAGAUGGGCCAAAUCAUCCAAUUUCUAGACGAUUUAGGACUUGACAAAACAAAAGAAAAGAUGUCACAGUUGAUGAGCACGGUUAAGGAAGCAAUAGAUCAUGAAACUUGUGGUAGUCCGUAUCAGAUGAGUGAUGCUGAGUUAGAGAAUGCCCUGUUGAACAGAGGAAAACAAGCAGAGGGUAGCAGAGAUGAUAUGAUAAAAGAACUACUACAUGUAGAACACAACUGUCCAUUUAUUUCAUUUACAUUACCUACUACUAAAUUGUUGUAUUGUACACUUGAUGAGAAGUGCUUGGGACUUGAGUGUUGCUUAACAAUUGAAGCAUUUGAUAUGCUACAAAAGACGUUCAAAGCUUACGUGCGAUUAGACCCAGAUCCACUUGCUUUAUCCUUUGGUGUGGAUUCUUGGAACUAUGUGAUUAAUUCAAGCAAGCUUGAAGGCGAAGUAGAGGAUGUCCUGAAGACAAAUAUGAAUUUCGAAUUUUUAGAUGGGCAAGAAGUCAUUGUCAAGUAUAAAAUACACGCCUCGAUAAAAGGAUUGAAGUUAUCAUUUGGUGUCGGACUGUGUGAUCCAGAUGACCAGGACGAAUGUUUGACAUACACAGAGUUACUGAAGGAUGCUAUAUUCCCGUUUCCAAGAAUUAACGAAGAUGGAACUAUAGCAUAUGAACUGCCGGAUUUCUCGGACUAUGUUGACGAUAUUGAAGAAAAUUUAAUUGAAAGUGGCCAAGAAGUUCUUGAUGUCGCCGUUGACGCAGCCAUAGAACAUUUCCUUGAUCUGUUAGGAAUUCCAGAGGAUCUUCUGCUAAAUGGACCUCCUUGUCGAACUCCUGAGAAUAUGGAUGAGGCGGACUUGAUUGAAUACCUAACUGAUAGACAAUUACCUACUGAUGGCUCAAGGGAAGAAUUGAACAAGAUGUUCUGGAACAGUGAACUAAGUUGUAGUCUUAACGGAAAAGAUCUUCAUCUUCCUGAAAUUCCAGUCGAAUUCUUACAUUAUUACAUUUCUGAAAACUGUAUGCGUAUUGAUGCAUGUGCAGAACUACAAAUCCCUGGAAUCGAUAAAUCACGAUCAUUCUCAGCGUACGUCGAACUUGACCCAUGCCGAUAUGUAUUAACUGCAGCUUUUGAGGGAAUGGACAUUACAGUUAUACUGUUUGAAUAUGAUUGGGGUAAAGAUGAGGUUAUUAAACUUGCAUCGGAUUUCAAAAUAACGUUUAAUAUUGGGAAAGAUGACGUGCAGAAAGUUUUCAAAAUUGGUCUAAGAGUCAAACUUGGUGCUGUAGACAUUGAUAUAAAAUUACUGGACGGCUUUGAAGUUCCUAUUCCUGUCUGCAAUGGCAAUUUUUCACUACAAGGCAACCUUGAGAGUAUAGCAGACGCGCUUGGCGGAGAAAUAAACAGAGAAGUGUUUGAUCUUCUGUUGAAACAGCUUGGAAUCGACGAAAUCAUUAGAGAAGGGUCUUGUACAUUACCUCCGCCUCCUACAGAUUGCCCUCCCUCAAUGAAUAUUUCGAAUAUGAUACCUCCAUUUAUGAAGAAUUUUCUUCGCUGCGAGCUAGCUGACAAUUGUUUCGGCAUUUCCUGUUGUGUAGAAAUUGACUUUACAAUCCCGUUGUCGUCUGUGGAAGUAGAAAUAUCAUUUCCAGUUUGGUUUAAAAUGGAUCCCUGUGAUUUCCAUGUAGACACUGGAAUAAGUGCAUUGCAAUUUGAAGAACAACUUCUCAAAUAUGAGUGGGGGAAAGAAUCUUCAGUGUCAAUUGGUUCAGGCAAGGAAGCGCCCAUAAACAUUAUUUAUGCCAUAGACAACUACGAGGAUGGAUUUAUCAUAGACCUCCGUGUAGAGAUAUGCUUACCAAUGGCUGGUAAAAAGUUCUGCAUUCCUGAGAAUGGCCUUUCAUUGUUAAACGGAGAAAAGAUUCCCGCUUGCAGUCUAACUGCUUGGAAAAAUCUAACAGACUUUUCAUUAAGAGAAUGGAUGGAAUCGAAAGGAGAAAAUGUGGGUGAACAACUUUCUAAUGCUGGCAGAGACGCACUCGUAGAUAUUCUUGGUUUGAAUGACCUGCUUCUGUCUCCACCAUGCGACCGAAAAAGAAGUCCAUAUAGUCCUUCAGUGAGCGGAUGGCAUAACAUGUGCCCACAAAGUUUCGUAAAUCCUCCUGCGUUGCCACGCAUGGUUUCCUGCAGUGUACCAGAUUAUUGUACCGGCAUAAACUGUUGUCUUGAUCUAGGAAAAAUUGGACUUUCAAUCAAAGCCUACAUUGAUGUCAAUAUGUGCAACUACAUUAUAUCUGGCGGAAUAGAAACACAGACAUUCAAAUUUUCACUGUUCAGUUAUGAGUGGGGUAAAACAGAAACUUUUUCUAUCGAAGACUUCUUUCGGAUAAGGUACACCAUAAGGAAGCCUAAAAAUGAGAAGGUUUUUAUCAUCACUUUGGAACUAGCAGUGUGCCUAGAAAAAGAUGGAAGUUGUAUGUUUGAAACAAAGCUAUUAGACGGUACAAAAGUUCCACAGCUUGGAUGCGAUAUGUCCUUUGAUUUUUCAAAUUUUUCUGUAACAUCUUGGCUCGAAAACAACGGCUUAGGAAAUCUCGGUCCAUUAGAUGAUUUAUGGGGAGAUGCUGUAAAGUUCGUUGCAGAGGUUAUUGGACUUGACAAGUACUUUUUGGAGGAGCAGUGUGACGUUAAUAAAGAUCCGUUCAAAAAUGCUACGUCAAGCUGGAAUAAUGAGUGUCCAAAGCUAACGAAAGACCUACCAGAAAUACCAGGAUCUUCUGUAUGUCAUAUUGCAACUUCGUGUACUGCAAUAGACUGCUGUAUCAAUGUUGACUACCUAAGACGUUCCUUACACGUAUCCUUCAAUAUUGACUUCUGCAACUUUACAAUCAGAGGGAACUUGGAAAAACUGAACUUUAAUUUUAACAUUAUUGAUUUUAAAUGGGGAGAGCAGUCAGAAGAAACAAUUUUAAAGCUGAUCAAGAUCAGGUACACGAUAGACAAGACUGAGAAGAAUUUUGUCGUAGAUCUCUCGGUUGCAGUCUGUAUGGAUUCUACAGAACCCUGCCAAUUUACAACGGAUAUUUUCAAGAAUACAAUGAUUCCUAUUCCAGUAUGCAACCUUGAUGCAGGGUUAAGUUUAGGAAAUUUUUCUCUUAGUAACUGGUUGAAAGAAAUCGGUCAUACACUAGAUGACAACUUGCCAUCGGCAGUAAUUGCACUGCUUCUUAGUAAGCUAAACAUUGAUAAAUUCCAGCUAAAGCCACCAUGUUCUGCUACUGAUACGACUUAUACAAAUGCAGUCAAUGGGUGGAAUUCAGACUGUAAUGCUUCCAUAUCAUUACCUAAACUGCCAGAGGAAAUAGUUUGCUACAUGACGGACUACUGUACAGGUAUAGACUGUUGCAUAUCUGUAGACAUAUUGAGAACCACGAUUCAUGUUUCAUUCCUACUGGACAUGUGCAAAUAUAAACUGACUAUGGGCAUUGAACGUUUAGAAGAGGAAAUUCUUCUGUUAGACUACAAAUGGGGUCAAGACAGUCAUUUCACUCUGGGAGGAUUUUUUCGCAUAGAAUAUAAAAUCGACGAUCUGCAGAGCAAAAAAACAUUUAUUGCUAAUGUAAAACUGAAAAUAUGUUUUGAACAAAACACCUGCCUUUUUGAAAUGGAAAUACUAAAAGACGCUUAUGUUCCUAAACCACUUUGUGACUGGAAUGUUGGACUAACGAUACCCGACUUUUCCCUUACUAACUGGAUGGGUAACUUAGGCUAUGAAUUAGAUGGUGACACAUUAAAGGACUUCAUGAUUGAGAAAUUGUUCGAUGCACUGGGUAUUGCUAAGUAUCUAGAAGUAACUGAGUGCAAACGUGAACUGUAUCCUUACAUUAAUGCUACAGAUGGCUGGAUGACAGAAUGUCCAAAAUCCAUAAAGAGUCGAGCCCUUCCAGAUUUUAUAACAUGUCAUGUACCGUCAUACUGCACCGGAGUUGAUUGCUGUGUGACUGUAGGCUUGGUCAAACGCUCAUUUAAGGUAUACCUGCAUCUAGAUGCAUGUAACUAUGUAUUCACCGUUGGAAUUGAAAAAUUUGGAGUAAACAUAUCGCUUCUGGACUACGAAUGGGGGAAAACAGAAGAAUUUUCACUGUUAGGGGCAUUACGGAUCAGAUAUUCUGUUAUAAAUUUGGAAGCCGAAAAACAGUACGUUCUAAAUUUGAAAAUGUCCAUAUGUAUAAAAUCUGGUGACUGUGAAGAAAAUCUUGUCCUUUUGGAGGAUGCAAGGCUGCCAAAAUUUGGUUGUGAUUGGAAUACGUCAUUAUCAGACUUUAGUCUAGAAGAAUAUUUAGAGAGUAUUGGAAGUCAGAUAGGAAACAUAGGGGAUGAUCUACCAGAUAUUAUUGCUGACAAACUUCUUGAACAACUGGGUGUGGCCAUGUAUAUGAAUAGGACACAAUGCCAAUCGUCAGCUGAUAACAAACUAAUAAACGAAUGUGAAAGAAUGGAUAUUCAACUGAAGGUACCUGAAAUUAUGACGUGUUCGAUACCAGCCCACUGCACGGCAGUUGAAUGUUGUAUUAGUGUUCCUUUGAUCGGUAGAGCACUUAGUAUUGCGGUUGAUCUUGACGCCUGUGCAUAUCAAUUAAGACUGAAGGUGGAGAGGUUUUCCAAAGAAAUACGAUUGUUCGAUUUCGAAUGGGGAAUUUGGCAAUCACUGGACAUAAAAGGCGUAUUUAAAAUAGAGUAUUUGAUUGAUGACCUAAAAUCAAGCAAACAAUUCGUUAUCUCUGUACGAGCUCGUGCUUGCUUUGACGGGAACAGAUGUAGCUUGGAUGUACCUAUUGUUGAAAACCUGUUGCUUCCCAAACCACUAUGCAAUUUCAAUGGAGCUUUCAAACUUCCCGAUUUUUCGUAUGACAAAUGGAUUAAAGAAAAUACAGAUAAAGUGACGGGUGAUCUGACUAAUAUUCUAAGAUCAAGAUUGUUCGAGGAACUAGGAAUUACACCGUAUUUACUGAAAGACGAAUGCAAUGUAGAGUUACCUAAUGUUGGAUGGAAAUCUGACUGUCCUGUUAAUAUAUCGCUGCCUGCACUGCCAGAGAACAUGAUGUGCCAUUUGCUUAAGCACUGUACUGGAUUUGCAUGCUGUGUGAACAUUCCCUUGCUAAAAAGGUCAUUUUCCUUCCAUCUGGAUCUCGACAGCUGCAAUUAUGCACUCAUAGUGGGCAUCGAGAAACUUGAAUAUAACCAGUCACUUAUAAACUAUGAAUUUGGAACGAAGAAAAAUGUCGAUUUGUUUGGAGUAGUGCAACUCAG